UCAAAGACUACUAAGCUCGGCUAAAAUUUAAACAUUUUUUUGUUAUAAUUCUAUUAAUAAUUCUUAAUAAUGACCGCUGAAACCCUUAUGCCAGAGAGGAAACGAUGUUUGCUGCUAUAUUUCAUCACUGGUCUGGUUAUUGGCGCCCUGCUAGCCGUAGUCGUUUCUUUUUGGUCUCCAUAUUGCCGCGAACUCAUCAAAUCUAAUACACGCUAUAGGCAGAGUCACUUGAUUGCGGUGACAAACAAUAAUAAAAAUAUACCGACAGACCUGAGUCAAACGAUACGUGUGCUUUGCUGGAUCGUGUCAAAUGGAAAGCAUCAGAAAUCAAGAGCACAGCAUGUUAAACGUACAUGGGGACGACGCUGCAAUAAGCUAAUCUUUGUGAGCUGGCAGAAUGAUCAAGAAUUGGGAAUUAAGCCGGAAGACUCAGGAAAUUCAUGGUCCAAAACACAGGCGGCGCUUAAGUAUAUAUACGCAAACCAUUUGGACGAAGCGGAUUGGUUCUUUAGGGCGGAUGAUCAGACUUAUGCAAUUAUGGAAAAUAUGCGAUACUUUCUUUAUAACUAUUCGCCGGAGACGCCUAUAUAUUUUGGGCACAAAGUAAAGGAUCACAUUUCCGCUAAUGCUGGCUAUGUGCUUAGUAAAGCGGCGCUCCGGCGUUUUGUCGAAAAAGCUUUACCAAAUGACAAGCUUUGCAUUCGGAACAGCACCCGUACAGAAUCCAUAGAGCUGAGUGAAUGCCUGGAGAACGUUGGUGUAAUACUUGGCGACUCACGUGAUCGGCACGGUUGCGCCCGUUUUGUACCGUUUCGUCUUAAUAAAUACCUAACGUCUUGGCGUAGGGAUUACACCAUCUUCAAAAGCGCAGAGGACUUGACUUGCUGCUCGCAGCCAGUCAUUGCCUACAAUUUCGUCAUGCCGUAUAAAAUGUAUUUACUGGAUCACUUCAUAUAUCACAUGAGAACCAACAACACAGCAAUUGCACCAAUAUCACUGCCGUUACGUUGAAAUAAGAAGAAGGCGAAAACAGACGCUUCAGUUGCGUCAGAUGUAGUGUAGGGAUCGCUAACGUUUUUUGCUGAAAUUUCUGAAACUAAUUAUGACUAAAAAAGGAAAAAAUCGGCAAAGCUGCAAAUUAUCGAAAAAUUUAUGCUAAAUAGUUGAUAUACGCCUAAUUGUUAGUUAAACUUGUAAAAAAAUAUUUAUUAAAAUUUGAUUUUAUAUACUUUUAUCUAAAAAA